GUGUCUAGUGACAUUCUGAUGGCAGCAGACUCUGGAGAGUACACUGUUCUGGUUAUGUUGGAUCUCAGCUCUGCUUUUGAUACUGUUGAUCACAGCAUCAUGAUAAAUAGGCUGAAGGACUUGUUUGGGAUUACUGGUGUUGUUUUAAAAUGGUUUAUGUCGUAUCUAUCUGAGAGAUCCUUUACUGUCUGUAUAAAUCAUGUGCUGUCAGAAACAUCAGUUCUGUCUUCUGGGGUACCUCAAGGAUCUGUUUUAGGUCCUAUUCUCUUUUUGCUGUAUAUACUCCCUCUAGGCCACAUUAUCAGACAUUACAAUAAUAUUUCUUAUCAUCUCUAUGCUGAUGACAUUCAGUUGUACUGUUCUUUCAAAGCUUCUGAGUUAUAUAAAUUGUCUUGUUUAAAUAAUUGUCUGUCAGAAAUCAAACAAUGGUUAAAUGACAAUUUCCUUCAGUUAAAUGCAGAUAAAACAGAAACCUUGAUUAUUGCACCUGAUCACAUGCUCUCAGAAAUUAGGCAGCAUAUCAGUUUUUUAGACCCUUCAUUUCAGUCGAGUCUCAGAAACUUAGGUGUUAUAUUUGACAGUUCAAUGUCUCUUGAGAAACACUCUAAACAACUUGCCCGGAACUGUUUUUAUCAUCUAAGAAACAUUUCUAAACUCAGGCUACUGGUGUGAAAGGCAGAACUUGAGAUGAUUCUUCAUGCUUUUAUCUCUUCUCGUUUGGAUUAUUGUAACGGUCUUUUUACGUGUCUCAACAAAUCAGCUCUGGAUCGCCUUCAGUCUGUACAGAAUGCAGCGGCAAGACUUUUAACUGGUACAAACAAGAGGUCACACAUUACUCCAGUUUUGGCUUCUCUUCAUUGGUUGCCUGUAAAUUUUAGGGUUCAUUUUAAAAUUUUAGUUGUAACUUUUAGAGCUCUGCACAGUGAAACCCGUGCACUGAUUUAUCACAGAGUGGUGAAGGUUACAGCUAUCGGCCGCAUCACUUAUCAAAUCAAUCAAAUGUUUGGUUUGUAAAAUGAGGUUUGAGUUGACUUUAUUUAUUUUGUCUUACAAGACGCAAACAAACCUAAAAUGUUCCUAUAAACUGUUUGAAAAUAUAAAAUUCAGUGAUUUGUAGGUCAGCCAAUUGAUUAGACAGCAGCUGAUGAAGAAGGCGUGUCUGAGCUCUGGUGUGCGGUGUGAUGUCACAUGAGUAUGUAACUCUGGUCUGUGUCUCUGCAGCUAACUCGGGCUCUCUGCAGGGUCCAAACACCCCUCAGUCCAGCAGCAGCUCCCUGACCGAUGCCCCCGGAGACCUGAAGCCCCCGACCCCCGCCUCCACCCCGCAGAGCCACAUGGCCCCCCAGCCUGGAAACAGGAGCGUGGGAGGAGUCAGUGUGCAGGACCCAUUCUCUGAGGGUAGCGAUCCAGCCUUCCACAGCAAACGAGGCCUGGGACCCGGCGGUGCUCCCUACCAGCAGGGAGGUGGUCCAGGAGACACUAUGAGGAUGCAGUAUGAUGCCAACAAAGACCCUUAUGGAGGAGUGAGGAAGGGUCCGGGUCCCGGCGAGGCCUUCAGUCCCGGUCAGAUGCCCAGCGGUGGAGCCAUGCAGGACAUGUACCACCGUGGGCCACCCUCUGGACCGCUGGCAGGGAUGGGCCCCAGACCCCAGUACUCCUACAGCCCCGGCUAUGAGCGCAGGCCGGAACAUGCGAUGGGCCCUGAGGGAGGCAUGGCGCCCCCCGGAGGCCAGAACAGCAUGGGUCCGUCUGCAAACGAAGCCAGCAUGUUUCCCACCAACAGAUUCCCCCACCAGAGGCACGGCCAUGACGGUUAUGGGCAGCAGUAUCCUCACGGCAUGGCCUACAGUUCCCAUCAGUCCCUGUACCCUCAGCAGCAGGGAUACAAGCGUCCAAUGGAGGGGAUGUACCCGCCAGCGAAGCGUCACGAGGGCGAGGCGUUCGGCGUGCAGCAGUAUGGCUCUCAGCAGCCCGACAUGUUCCCCGUCUAUGGGGGAGGAGGUGGGGGCUACAUGGGCCCUGAGCGCCGGCCCAUCCAGGGCCAGUACCCGUAUCCUUACAGUCGCGACCGCCAGGGCCCCCCGCAGCACAGCAUGAUGAGCUCAGGGCCGGCGGCGGUGUCUGGGGGGUCCGGGGAAGUGCCGCAGGCCAACAUGUGGCACCCCAGGACAGAUAUGGGCUAUACGUACAGCCGGCAGGGUCAGGGACCCGCCUAUCGAGGGGAUGACCAGGAGAGCAGGGCUCCACAGGACGACCAGUGGGCCCCCGGUCACCCGAGCCAGCGCCAGACUCCAUACCCCCCCCACUCUUCAGCCGCCAGCGCCACCUCCAUUCCUCCUCUGCCCUCCAGACAGCCUCCCGCUUCUUUCCAGGCCACACCCACCAUCCCCAACCACGUGACUCGCUCUCAUAGCCCCUCCACAUUUCCCCGGCCCAUGGGGAGCUCGCUGUCACCCAACAGCGCACCCUACCUUCCCUCCAUGAAGAAACCACCAGUGCUGGGAGCGCCGCAGGGACCGCUGACCUCUCAAACCGUCUCACUCAUCAACAGGGAGGUCAGUUUCCCCCAUGGCUCUGUGGAGGCCACGCCCCCCAAACUGAAACCACGGCGACGGCUGACCGCUAAGGACACAGGAACCCCAGAGGCGUGGCGGGUGAUGAUGUCACUGAAGUCUGGCUUGUUAGCAGAGAGCACAUGGGCAUUGGACACCAUCAACAUCCUGCUGUACGAUGACAGCACCGUCGGCUCCUUUAGCCUCCCGCAGCUGCCGGGCUUCCUGGAGCUCAUUGUGGAGUUUUACCGCCGCUGCCUGAUCCAGAUCUUCGGCAUCCUCAAGGAAUAUGAAGUGGGAACUGUGAGGCAGGGUUCCCUGCUGGGGCCCCUCCCUGAGGAGGAGGAGGUGACAGAGGAGCUGCUAGCCGCUGCGUCAGAAUCCAACGGCCAGACAGCGUUGGAGCAGAAGAUUCAGAGGUGGUCAGCUGAGCAGGCGGAGGACAUGCCGCCACCGCUGCUCAUGCCUUCUGAGGAGGAGGUGAAAGAACCUGUGGUCAAAGAAGAAGCACAGGUGAAGGAGGAGGAGCACAUGGAGGAAGCAGAGGCCCGCCUCCAGCAGGCCAGCAAGUACGACAAGCUGCCAAUCAGGGUUGAGACCGGCGAUGGGUGGGAGGAGGUGGAGGAGCGCUGGGCCAAGUUGAACCAACCCAAUGGCUUCAUCAGCGGCCUCCUCCACUGGAAGGCCGGAGGAGGAGACUCCACCACUCACAUCCUGACACACUUCGAGUCCCGCACAGGAGACUUUGUCCCUCUGCACCCACCCGAGUGGGAAGAGAAUGCAGAGGGACAAGAGGGUGAAACAGGCAAGGAAGAGCUGGGCGGAGGAGAAGAGCAAAACCAGCCAGACGGAGGAGAAGAGGUCAGAGGUCAGGAUUCACAAGCUCAGAGUCCCAUCAGCCAGCUGGAGGAUGAGCCUCGCUGCUGGGAUGAGGCCCCGCUGUCCACCGCUGAGCCGUGGCAGGACGCGCUAGCCAAACGCUGCGUCUGCAUCUCCAACAUCGUGCGCGGCCUCUCCUUUGUGCCCGGGAACGACGCCAUGCUAUCACGGCAUCCUGGGCUGGUGCUGAUCCUGGGCCGGCUUGUGCUGCUGCACCACCGCCACCCCCGCAGGAAACGGACUCCGCCCACCUACCAGCGGGAGGAGGAGCAAGGUCUGGCGUGCAGCCGGGACGAGUGGUGGUGGGACUGCCUGGCGGCGCUUAGGGAGAACACACUGGUGACGCUGGCCAACAUCUCGGGCCAGCUGGAUCUGUCACUGUACCCAGAGAGCAUCUGCCUGCCUAUCCUGGACGGGCUACUGCACUGGAUCGUGUGCCCAUCUGCCGAGGCGCAGGACCCGUUCUCCACGAUGGGCGGCUUCUCGUCACUCACGCCACAGAGACUCGUGUUGGAGUGUUUGUGCAAGCUGAGCAUUAAGGACUGCAACGUGGACCUGCUGCUCGCCACGCCGCCCUUUAUUCGCCAGCAGAAGCUCUUCUCCACACUGGUGCGUUUGGUGGGCGAAAGGAAGAGUCAGGUGUGCCGGGAGAUGGCAGUGGCUGUGCUGUCCAACCUUGCGCAGGGCGACCCCACGGCGGCAAGGGCGGUUGCCCAACAAAAAGGCAGUGUGGGCACACUCAUUGGCUUCCUGGAGGACUGUGUGGCCAUGGCCCAGUACCAGCAGAACCCGCACAGCCUGCUGCACACUGCUGUGCCGCCAGAGCCGCCCAGCAUCAACAUGAUGUGCCGCGCCGCCAAAGCAUUGCUGGCCAUGGCACGGGUAGAGGAGAACCGGACGGACUUUGUUCUAUAUGAGAGCCGGCUGCUCGACAUCUCACUGUCAUCCGCACUCAACUCCUCUGUGGCGGCCAUCAUGUGUGAAGUACUGUUUAAAAUCGGCCACUCAUGACACAAACACCACCACGGAGCGUGCUCAGUAGCACUGUAAGCAGCUCCGCCCAUGUGACAAACUGGCUCCUAUUAUAUUUUUAUUUAAGAACAGAAAAGAAAUGUUUUUACAUACAAAUGAAUAUAUAUAGAAUCUAUAAAGCUCCGACUCCAUCUGCAAAUGUUUGUUUGGAAUUUUUAAGUAAUUUUAAUACAAAAUAUUUAAUACUUGUAUUUUUAAUUUUCUAAUUGUUUCGUCGGUUUCUUGUUUCGUUUGAACCAAAGUGUGACGGUGGCUCGGGUUCCGGCUCUCUUCAAUGGUUUUUUUUAAACAUUUGUGGUUGUUCCUUUCUGUUUGCAAGGAUGUUUGGGGGGGCAGGGUUAUUUAAAUAGUGUUGUAGAUAGGUCUUUUUUGUUUUUUCUCACGUGGUAUGACAGAGGAAAUACUGAUGUUCAGUCACGUACUUUGUUCUGGUGCAAUAUGUUUGCUUGGGCGUUUUUUUUUUAUGUGAAUUAUUUGACCAUCUGCCGUUUGACCAUCAGUAUUUUUGCCGAACCACAGCAGUAUCAGCCAAUGGGUUUUUAAGAACUUUGUUUUGUCCACCAAUCAGAUCCCUCCACCGUCAUCCUCCUCCUGUAAAUAGUUGAUGUGCAUUGAGCUCCAGAAGAUGGCGUCCCGACUCUCUAUGAAUUUAUAAUCACAACUCUGAACAUUCGAGUUUCUGUAUUUAAGGACAAAAAAACUCAUCUUCAGGAUGUUUCAUGGGGUCUGAUCUGACAGGGUGUGUUUGAUUUGAGAGACUGUAUGUACAGGAGGUACGGGGGUCAGUUGGGGCAGGGCAGGCAGAACUGUACUUAUAUCAUGUUGCUGACAUCAAAACAGUUAUAAGAAAUGUAAAGAGAGAGGAAAAAAAGAAAAUCUCUACAUCCAGAAUGUCUCCUGUUUGAUUUGACAGAUGCUGUUUCUUCAGUAUGAGAUCUUUAUAUGUUCCACGACAUGUUAAAGAAUAAAUGUACAUGAACUCUGGUUGA